UUUACCUCAGAAUCGCGGCUCCGGCUGUUUGGGGCGGUCAGGUGGUCCUUCCGCCGUCCUCCUAUGGCUGCCAUCAAGACCUUAAACGCCAAGGCUGAGGUGGCGCGGGCCCACGCGGCCUUGGCGGUCAAUAUAUGCGCUGCCCGAGGGCUGCAGGAUGUGCUGCGGACCAACUUGGGUCCGAAGGGCACCAUGAAAAUGUGAGGCGGCGGUCGGAGCGGCGGUUAGAGCGGCGGUUAGGGCGCCGGGGGUGUGUCGGGUGUCCGGGCGCGCUGUCGGCCGACGUUCCGCGAAGCGAUCGGCGCCCUGUGGACACACUUGUGGGCCUGGCUUCCCUCCUUCUCAUUCCUGCCCUGCGGUCGUCUCUAGCCCCGUGCGGGAGGAGAGGAAAAGCCUCCCCGAGCAAAGGGCCCCACGAGGGAAGCUGUGACUCCCUGUCGCGCCCCUCCCGCCCUACCAACUUUCCGUUAAGGCUUGUUUCUGGUGCAGGUGAUAUCAAACUCACCAAAGAUGGCAAUGUGCUGCUUCAUGAGAUGCAAAUUCAACACCCAACAGCUUCCUUGAUAGCGAAAGUAGCAACAGCCCAGGAUGACAUUACAGGAGAUGGUACUACUUCGAAUGUUCUAAUUAUUGGGGAGUUACUAAAACAAGCUGAUCGUUACAUUUCUGAGGGCUUGCACCCUAGAAUAAUAGCUGAAGGGUUUGAAGCUGCAAAGAAGAAAGCACUUGAUGUUUUGGAAGAAAUUAAAAUUAAAAAAGAGAUGAAAAGAGAUAUCCUCUUAGAGGUGGCUAGAACAUCCCUACAAACUAAAGUUCAUGCUGAACUGGCUGAAGUGUUAAUAGAGGCCGUGGUGGAUUCUGUGUUGGCUAUUACAAGACCGGGUUAUCCUAUUGAUCUCUUCAUGGUAGAAAUCAUGGAGAUGAAGCACAAAUCAGAAACAGAUACAAAGUUAAUCAGAGGAUUAGUUUUGGAUCAUGGUGCCCGUCACCCAGAAAUGAAGAAGCGAGUAGAAGAUGCAUAUAUCCUUAUUUGCAAUGUAUCACUAGAAUAUGAAAAAACAGAGGUGAGCUCUGGUUUCUUUUAUAAGACUGCUCAAGAAAAAGAGAAAUUGGUAAAAGCUGAAAGAAAAUUUAUUGAUGAUAGAGUACAAAAAAUAAUAGACCUGAAAGAAAAAGUCUGUGCUCAUUCCAACAAAGGAUUUGUUGUUAUUAAUCAAAAGGGAAUUGAUCCAUUGUCCUUAGAUGCGCUUGCAAAACAUGAUAUAGUAGCUCUUCGUAGAGCAAAAAGAAGAAAUAUGGAAAGACUCACUCUUGCUUGUGGUGGAAUAGCUUUGAAUUCUCUUGAAGACCUCAGUGUAGAUUGCUUGGGACAUGCUGGUCUUGUACACGAAUAUGCAUUAGGUGAAGAAAAGUUCACUUUUGUUGAGGACUGUGUUAACCCUCGCUCUGUCACUUUGUUGGUUAAGGGACCAAAUAAGCAUACUCUCACACAAAUCAAGGAUGCUGUAAGGGAUGGACUUCGUGCCAUCAGAAAUGCCAUUGAAGAUGGUUGUGUGGUUCCAGGAGCUGGUGCAGUUGAAGUGGCAAUAGCUGAAGCUCUUAUGAAGUACAAGCACAGUAUAAAAGGAAGAGCUCGCCUUGGAGUCCAAGCUUUUGCUGAUGCCUUACUCAUUAUUCCUAAGGUUCUUGCUCAGAAUUCUGGUUAUGACCCUCAGGAAACACUAGUAAAAGUUCAGGCUGAGCAUUUAGAGUCAGAACAACCUGUUGGUAUUGAUUUGAAUACAGGCGAGCCAAUGGUAGCUGCAGAUGCAGGAGUUUGGGAUAAUUAUUGUGUGAAAAAACAACUCCUUCACUCUUGCACAGUGAUUGCUGCGAACAUUCUCCUGGUUGAUGAAAUUAUGCGAGCUGGUAUGUCUUCUCUCAAAGGGUGAUUGAGUUCAAAAUCAACUCUUCUAGAAGCUGAGAUUUAGCACAUUUUACAUCCAACUACCUUUAUAUAUCCUGAACCAUUUUUAAUUUUUACACAAUAAAUGCAGCUUAUA